AGAAGAAGAAAUCUCCCGCCCCAUCCGCUCUUCUUUUUAAACCAAGGCGGGACGACGCUUCGUUUCAUUCACUUUACCAGUGUAGUUGUUGUCGAAAUACCGUUUGACGUUACACGUCGCUACCAAUAUGGUGAGGACUAAAGCCGACAGUGUCCCCGCAUCAUACAGAAAAGCUGUUGCAGCAGCUGCACCCCGGAAGUCUCUGGGCUCCAGUUCAGCCAAUGCCUCCUCCUCCUCCAGCAGCCAGUCAGCCACACCUGCAAAGGGCAAGUAUGCAGGUGGGAACCCAGUGUGCCCCCGUCCCACACCGGACUGGCAGAAGGGCAUCGGAGACUUCUUCGGUGGGCCCCCGAGAAAGCCUGAGAAGGAGAACCAGAAGCCCCAGGAGGUAGAGGAUGAUGAAGAGGCCGGAGGCAGCGGCAUGUCAAAAGCCCCCAAGAAGUCCAGACCACUGCCAGCUGAGGAGGAAGAGGAGGAUGAAUAAAUCUGAUGACUGAAUGGAUCAGUUUGUGACCGGUGGUCCCGUUGGCUGCCUCCACCGUUGCUUCGUGGCAGUUUUAAUGUACAUCUGUAUAUAUAGUUUCUGAUGAAUUCACUUUGUAUAGUUCAAUAAACUUUUUUAAAAAUGUUUUUAACCUGCA